GUUAGGUCAAGUGUUAUUCGAUUAAUAAUUAGUGCCAUCCGCCAUGAAUCGCAAAGCUCCGGAUAAUUUAUCGACAUCAGGUUCCACAAAUUCAGUUUCUUCAAACGUUACAUCCGCAUCUGAUUCGGACACGCCAUCGAUAAAUUCCCGAAAAAGGCGUUUUGAGGCUACAAAAAUAACUUCAGAAAUAAUCAACCUGCCGAAAGAAUUAUGUCAAAACCAAAUAAUAUUCGAGGAAUUUUUUUCUUUGGAAACAUGGAAUUCCUUGUCGGACCCGAUACGAAAGCAUCUGAGCUUGUUUUUACCAAUGUUUACUGAAAAUAUAGAGUGUGAACGUUCCGAGACGAUUAAGUCACUCCUUAACGGGAAUGUUUUACGUUUUGGUGUAUGUUCUUUGGUGAAACUUCGCUGGAAAAUGGAGCAAGGAGAUUACAAACCAGAGAUAUCUAUGCUGAAUAAAAGUGUAGUUAAAGCUCAACGACGUGAAAAACGAUAUCAGGAGCAAAAAUUACUAGGGAUACUAGCACAUAGACUAGCUAUUUCCCGCGAACGUAUUCUGCGAAGAGUAUAUCGAAAUACUACAACAGUACAUUUUCCGUUUCAUAACAACUGUGCGUCUCCGUCUAAUUCCCUCAACGUUUUUCGUGUAGAAAGAAAGUUUUUACAAGAGUUGUAUUGCAUAAACAGUCAACCAAGGUGAGUUAAAAUAGGUGAUCUAGUUUUCACAGUUUGUAGAACAGGAGUGCGCGGAACGACUGGCUAGCAACCAUCGACGUUGUUUAUACAUUCAACAGUUUCCGCUUUGAAAAUUUCGGUGAUCGUCAAGGGCAACCCAGAGGGGGUGAAAAACAAAUUUGAACAUCAGAAAACCUCUCUGGACUAACCUUGCAGUCAACUAGGGUUUCCAGAAAAGCUUUCCGAUUCGGAGAUAUGGUGUGAUACGUACACGCCUUAUUACUUACCUAGGAAACAACGGCGCUUAUUCGGAACAAUGCAGAUUGGCUCAUCAAUUUCUGGUGCGGACAAUCGCAUAGCAGAUACGCUUGGUCCUAUAGACGAUCAAACUGCUAAUAAUUAUUUACGUGGAUCAAAUGGAAAGCUAUUCAUAACGGAUUGUCAUUACAAAAAGCUAUUGAAUCAUUACAAACAGCGGAAAAUCGACCAACCGCAUCAUCCUGAGUUAGACUGUCAAGAAAUAAAACUCAAAGAUGUUGUUUUUCGGACACAGACCUCCUCUGGUUAUCGUCGUAUACUGCCAAUAUCAAAAGCAGCAGUUGCGGAUGGAACAGCAAUAUUAAAACAAAAACAUUGCAAUUGGAUAGAUUCGAGUGGCUCAUUAUUAAUACAUGCUACUCCCAAUACUCAGCCAAUUAUUCAACAAUUGAUGAAUGCCGAAGCAAUGCAAAGCACUUCUGAUGAAUUAUCAGAUGAUUCCAUGAACAUUAAAGAAAAUUGUUCGUUUGAUAUAAAUGGUGAAAAUAUACAUAUUGAUCAAUCCAGCGAGCAUACUCAAACUAUAACUACAAAUAAUACACAAAGUAUAUUGAAUGAACACCGACUUGACACACCUUCCGAGAGUAAUUCGUUAGAGGAUUUAAGUAUACGAGACGCAAAUUUUUUAGAAACCGGCAGAAAAAAUACGAAAUUCGCAGAGCAAUUCUCAACAUUAUCUUCUAAUAAGCCAAAAUAUGCGAAUGCUAUUCAAUAUGUGGAUGAUGAAGAUGACAAUAAGUGGUCCUGCAAAAAAGAUGAGAAAUAUAGAGUAAACAAAUUACAUCAGGAAUGCGACGAAGAGUGUACUACGCGGACAUAUGAAACUUUGUUUGAUAAAGCUAUGCUUCAGCUUGUAAGCGAAACGCAUAAAUGUUUUUUAUCACUUAUUCGGGACAUGUUCUAUUCAACUUCAGACCAUCGUUUGACCAUUGAUGAACUUAAGGUUAAAUUGGAUAUGUGGGUCAACACACCAAAAUCAAUGAUGAAUGACUGGUAUAAUAUGGCCAAUAAUAAUUGGACUGAUAUGUUACAGUCGGCUAUACAUUUCCUGUCUGGAGAAUUUACUGAUCAACCAGAUGAUUUUGUUCCAUAUAUUGAGUAUAAAGUACAGCUUAAUAUAUAUCAAUGGAUAGGGGCAUCUAGAGACUCAGAUUAUCGACUACUGGAUCUUUGCAAUUAUUGGCUUACAAGAAGGCAUGAAAUGGGCUUAAAAGGACAGUCAAAUCCGCCUAGAAUUGCUUCUAAACAAAGGUAUUCUGGUUCAAACAGUAAUAGUUUUAUCGAUGAUGAUGAUGGUUUAUCAGAACGUACCAUAUCGCCGCCUCCGCCACGUUUUCCAACCGAUUGGUCCGUGAGAAAAGCAACUGAAGAGGAAAUUAAACUAUUCCGUGAUCAAGAAAAAAGUCGCUAUGAAAAUCCUCAUAUGGCAUUUACGUACAAACAACAUUCCUACUAUAGCGUAGUAGGUCCUGUGAAAGGAAUUUAUACCCAAGCUCCGGGAAUCUCUAAAGCUAGAGGACACAAUAUGUUAGCUUCAGACAGGCCUAAUUUUGUUACUAUACUUACUUUAGUGCGUGAUGCCACGGCGAGACUACCCAACGGUGAAGGGACUAGAUCUGAUAUAUGUGAACUAUUAAAAUCUUCACAAUACAUAUCUCCAACUGCAACGGAUCAGGUUUUACAAACCAUAGUCAGCGGAGCACUUGAUAGAAUGCAUACUGAGCACGACCCGUGUGUGAAAUACGACACCAAGCGAAAAAUUUGGAUUUACUUACAUCGAAAUCGUACAGAAGCGGAAUUUGAACGUCGUCACCAUCAAUAUCAAGGUAUCGCAAAACACAAAAAAUCUUGCCCCAGAAAAAAAAUCACAGAUUUAUCAAUUGAUACCGGAAAAUCAAUUUCUGAGUCGAAUUUGAAAUCUAACUCACAGUCUUCUCUGGAAAGCGAAGAUGUUAAUUCUGACUCUACAGUGGAAUGCAGUUACAUUUCGCAAAAUUCAGUAUCAGAAUUACGAAACAAUUCAAUACAAAUUCCUUCGAAUAAUCCCUUGCCUUUCUAUAGAGAUUGUGAGGAAUUUCAACCUGAAAAAAAUGACAUUGUAGAUUCUUUUAGAAUUCAAGACACCGAUGGCAAUAAUCCCAAUAUUAUAACACAUAGUACUCCCAUUAUCAUUACUUCACAAAAAGAUCCUAAAACGUCGCGUGAUGAAUCUCCGCCUAAAGUUCAAAUAGUGCAACUAGAUACACCGCAAACAGUUACUAAAUCAGAUAUUAUCGAACAAAAUAACAUUGCUGAUAUGAUAAAAACGGAUGAAAAACCGUCGUUACUAAAUGCAAAAAAAAUAUUACCGAUAGUUAAGAAACAAUCUGAAGAACAUACAGCUAAAACCAUUACAGCAGAUAACUUCUGUUCCAUCUCUAUUACAAAAUCUUCCGAAGAAUCGCAACAGGGUUCUAAUGUUAUAACAAUUGGAAAAACUGUAGAGGCUGAAUGCAUAACUCCAGGUUUUACUGUACCGCCUACUCUAAAUUCAGGAAACAUACAACAGGAACAGAGUAAAUUAAAAUCGCCAACUGCACAAUUGAAAACUCCGAAGCAUGUUCCAGUAUUAAUUAGUGGUCAAACGAUACCCACGCAAGAGAUCGAAAAAAAUACAUCAUUGUUUCAGGCGAGAAAAACAGUGACAUUUCUUCCCUCGUGUACUAGUAAUAUAUGUGUUGUACAACCAGAUCCGAUGUUAGUAGCUGCGAAAACAAGUGCUGCCGAUAUAUCGACAAGUACUUCGGAAACUGCCAAUCAAUUUUGGGAAUUAACAUCCUCUUUAGACGUAAGUAAUACGAUUACUUUUCACAAAGGACAGCAAUCCAUUUUGACACCGGCGCAGCAAAAGCAAAUUCUUGAAAAUCUUUUGGUUCAACAGAAUAAACAGCCAUCAAUGCCGAAAACAACUGGUGUACAUCACACAAAUGUUGGAAAUACUUUCCCCGUAAAUUCCAACACCUGUAAUAAUUUUAAUUUUCAAAGCAGAACUCAAUCAAAAACAAUUCUUAACAAAGUUCACAAAUCUCCUGUAGUAACACUAUCGAAUAUAUCGCCAGCCGCGUCUGCUUCAUAUCAGACAGCAGUAACAACUAACUUAAAAAGUUCUGCAACACAUUUGAGCACAGCUGAUUCAAAACAGGCAGCAACCGACAUUCAAGUAGAAACAAACAUUGGUAUAGUGAACGAGCUUUCUCAAAGUAAAAUACACUCGAAACAACAAACUCCGGUAUCACCGCAAGUGCUUUUAAAUACAACGAAUAAUGAUAUUUGCACUGUUAGAAGAACCACAACUACCAAUAUCUUACAAACUGAGUCUCCUGGAACGAGAAUCUCAGGAACGGUUAAAUCAGCAUCAUCAAUUUGCCAGCCCACGUCUUCUUGUAAAUCUUUAAAUGAUGCAUUUCGCAUAGCACAAAGAGCUAAUCGUAUGACAACUAAAGGAGUUACGAAUAAUGAAGAUUGCUUACCACGUCAAAAUAAAACAAACACAACUGUACGAUGCAUAGAUAACAAGUCAAGUAAUACUAAAUUAGUUCAGUUGGCCGACCAUUCUUCGGUUUUACCUAUUGCACAAUACGCUGUGGUAGCGCAAAAUACAAAUGUUUUAACAGCGUCCCAGAAUGUAACCCAGUGUUCAAUGAAACAAACUGUUACAACGGCAAACAAAUUCACUGACUUAGUAAGUGGAAAAGUUAUACCUCCGAAUCACAUCUCUAAAAAUAUUGGGAACGACAUAUUGAUUGGUAUACAACCGUCCUGUGAUGAAACUGCUAUCAAAUCUUUUUCACAGACUAUCGAUUCACAACAACCCGUUAAGACUCAACAUUCACCAAAUAUUCAGCAGGUUUUUACAAAAAUUGUUAGAGCGACGAAGUCACAAUCCUCUACUCUACAAAGCGGUGCAAGCUUUAUAAAUACACCAUCAUUGAAAUUUGCCAGCAUUGGAGGUAGUCCUGUCAUCAUUACGAGCAAGACAAAUUGUUCAGAAGACGUUCAUCAAUCUACCUCAAGCAUUGUUUUUCAGAAUUCUACUGAAUCUUCUAACAUUACUUAUGGCGGAAAAGCGGUAAAAGUUCAAGGAAGCGUAAUAUCUCGGGAUACAAACGUAGUUGGCUCACAGACAGCUAAUAAUACGGUUUGUCAGAAAAUCCUGCUAGGCAACCCACUACUAAGGGUGCGAACUGUCCCUAGGCAACCAUCUCAUAUGCAGUUCUCUUUCGCUCAAUCAUCUAUUAGCAACGGUGGAACAACAACGGCUUCUACGAAUAUUCCUAGCAGCAUUUCUAAUAUUAAUGUUGAGUCAAGCCAGUAUAGUGACAUCGCUAGUAACCAAUCACAGCUAUCAAUAGGUUCUACAUCUAUGAAGAUGGUCCCAAAGGUUGGCGUACGUUUAAAUCAACAAACGCAACGGCUUAUAUUAUCAACUCAAAGUGGCCAGUUAGUAACGCAACAAAUAUUAAUGCCAUCUGGUUUUCAAGCUGGAUCUUUUAACAUCAAACGAUUAAAAGUUAUUCCGGUGAAUAACCAGCCAAAAGGAAUGAUAAUACGAGCUCCGUGUACUGCAACUUCUAGCAAAUCAACAGUUUCCUCAGUGUCAACAUUUGCAACUAAUAAAGUUACCGCACCAAUUGUUAAAAAUCACAGCAAAUUGCUUCGCAUUUCUUCUAAUGUCAUCAACAAACAAGAUCAAUCGGAGUCAAAUGCAGAACACACCGAAAAAUAAAUUGAAUAUUGUAUUUGCUCUAUUCAAUUAUG